UUCGUGACAUCGCUGCGCUCGUUAAUACGCAAACAAGCGUCGCUCACCACCUGGGGACUUUCUUCUGUCUUUCCUCUUGUUAUUGACACCCCCCGGCUUUCCUCACCAUUGCACCUUCUUAUGCUCCAGAACCGUACCUUACCUUUUACGCUCGGCGAACCCGGAGCUUUGUAUCGCUAGUAACCCCAUCGGUCAGCUCCUAUUUAUGGUCAGAAUGAGAGGGUGGCUUCAAACCCUCGGCUUAACAGCCCUACUCGCAGGACAUGUCCUAGGAAAUGAAGUUGCGUUGACACAAGAUGAAGCCAGUCGACAACGAUGCUCGGGAAUGUACAGCCGUAAAGCUUGGGGUGGAAACGCGGAUCCCUUUAUCCUGACUAAGUUUGUGCAAGACUCGAACGCUGGUGACAGUGAUCCUCUUGUCAGUCUGGUUAUUUUCGAAUGGACCGAUGAGAACCUCAUCGGGCGGCCUGUACCCGGCGACUCCGAAAUGAUAGAAACAAUUUGCGAUGAAGCGAGUGUACAAGCCAAUCUAUGCAAGGAAGAUCAGAUCGGAUCGUUCAUCCUUGCUGCGAACGCCACCGAAACCGCCAAGUUUCCCAUCAUCACCCAAGCUGUGCAUCUAAACAACCCGGUCGCCGUCAAUUACCCGAUCAAGAAGACAGGUUUCUACUGUGUGAGCACAUACGGGUAUUCUGGGCAGGACUACAAGGCCGUUGUGGAAUUCCGAAACUCGUAUGGAGAGCUUCCAGCUGCGCAGAUUGCGAAGCUGCCCUUCUACGGAGGUUUGACCAUUGUCUAUGCUGUGGUUGGAGCGUUCUGGGCUUUUCUAUAUGUCCAAAACCGUCAUGAUAUCUUGCCUGUGCAAAAUUACAUCACCGCCAUCUUGGUUUUCCUGAUCGUGGAACAAGCGAUGACUUGGGGAUUCUAUGAAUACCAGAACGUCCACGGUUUGAAUGUUGGUGCAAAAGUAUUGAUGGUAAUAGUGGCCGUCCUAAAUGCAGGCCGCAACUCCUUCUCAUUCUUCCUUCUUCUUAUCGUGUGCAUGGGAUAUGGCGUUGUCAAACCCUCGCUCGGACGAACUAUGAUCUAUGUCCGCGUUCUCGCCAUAACUCAUUUCGUCUUUGCUGUGAUUUACGCUGUCGCAAGUUUGUCUAUCACACCUGACAGCGCCGGUCCCCUUGUCCUGCUCAUCGUUCUACCGCUUGCUGGAACGUUGACUGCCUUCUACGUCUGGACAUUGAACUCACUAAACGCCACCAUGAAGGAUUUGAUCGACCGAAAGCAGAAAGUGAAGGCGAUGAUGUACAAGAAACUGUGGUGGUGCAUCCUUGGCAGUAUCAUCGUGAUAUUCGGCUUCUUCUUCCUCAAUUCAAUCAACUUCGCCGGACACAGCGAAGCAAGCUUUGUGCCCGAGCACUGGAAGACUAGAUGGUUUGUCUUGGAUGGCUGGCUUAACAUUGUCUAUUUUUUUGACAUUGGGUUCGUCGCGUACUUGUGGCGGCCCACUGCCAACAACCGACGCUUCGCUAUGAGUGAUGAGAUCGCCCAAGACGACGAUGGUUUUGAGAUUCGAUCUUUCGGUAGUGCCUUGGACGAGGAAGACGCCCUUGGUGGCCUUGAAGAACAUUCUGCCCAUGAGCCGCGUCGCGAUUUGUCGCCCAUUCCGCCUAAGCCCGUUCCUUCCGCGUCACGCCCACGGGAGUCACUUGAUGGAGAGACUAUCUUCGCAGUGGGCGAGGACGGUGAUAGAUGGUCGGAUGAUGAGGACGAAUCGCCGCGCAAUUCGAGUGAGCGACAACGCCUCACCGGCAAGCACUAGAUGGUAAUAUCGACUCUUCGACCGGAGAGCUCGAGGCUGCGGUGUGGACGUUCGUCUGGGCGUCGAAGUCAAUUGUCGGUGUGUAGGAUUGGGGGCUCAAUGUCGCUUUAAUCUGCUUUAAGGCAUAUCACGGCGUUUGGCUAAGGAGAAUUCCCCGUGAGUUUCGUUUUUAGCCUUUAAUUUCUUGUUCAAUGAUGAUGGAUGAAGUAUUUUCUUGUUACAUAG